AUGGAAGGUUGCUUUGCUACGUAUCAUGUGUUGGAGGAUAUAUUAGUUGGAGACAUACGCAAAGAGCGAGUCUUAAAAGUUGUGCUUAAUAAGGAAAACCAUGAUUUCAAAUGUGAAUGCUCAUUAUUUGAGUUUAGAGGUAUUGUGUGUCGGCAUGUGUUAUCCGUGUGUAGUCAAGAGAGGAUUAUAAGUCUUCCAGAGAAGUAUGUUUUAACGAGAAGGAAGAAAAACAUCAAAAGGAAGCAUUCAUAUAUCAAGACUAGUUAUGGUGUAACAGAGUUGAAGCCACAAAUGGACAAGUUUGACAAAUUAUGCAAGCAUUUUUAUGAGGUUGUUGAAGUAACUGCUGAGUCAGAAGAGAUUACUGAAGACCUCCAUGAAACAUUACAUUUGGUUAGCUCUAAUAUGUCCACAAAGGAUAGUGCACUUAUUGAAGAAAGCCUCAAUGAUGAUUUUAAUCCAAUCAAUAGUAAUAGAAUUCGCAGUCCAAAACAUGUCAAGCGCAAAGGUCGUCCUUCAUCUAAAAGAAAAACAUUUGUCGCCGAAACGAUUGCUAAGAGGUCAAGGAAGCGAACAAAAAAAAGUGACCACACUGAGUUUACUACAGAGUGCAAUAUUGGAAUGGUGGGAAAUCAGUUUGGAAGUAAUAUUUGUGUAGAAUCAUCUCUUGAGGUUGUUAAUGGAGAGCAUUACUUAGAUUUGAGUAUUGUGGUCGGAAAUUGUUAUUCAGGUGGAAUAUUCGGGUGGGAUGUUGCAAGAUUGUAA